UCUUCAUUUCCCACCAUUUUUUCUCCAUUUUUCAAAAAACAAAAGCAAUGGCACCGAAAAAACCCUCUUCUUCUCCGAUUCCCAUCGGAAAUUGCGAGGUUGUUGUGGAAGCUGGGAAGUUCACCUCAGAGUUAAACGAAAAUAGUCUCAAUAUUUCUUUGUCAAAGAAUGUCGAAGUCAAAAUUUCUGUUGUGGAUGGUGGGAAUCAUUCAAAGGAAUGCAAAAACCCUAUUGAGUAUGAGGAAAAUGGAAAUUAUUGUUUUGUGCUCAUUAAUCCCAAAGAUGAUGAUGGAAAAACCAAGUCUUUACUUCAGGAAGUAUUGAGCAUUUAUUCUAAAGAGCUUCCGGCCAUGAACUAUGCUGCAAACACAGGAAAAGAAUCACAAUUCCUUGAAAAAUGUGUAUCAAAUGGGAAGUACUGCACGCUAGUUCUGAAAACCAAGGAUGACAUAGACCCUGGGGAGGUUAUUGCAGCAAUCACUUAUCAAAUAAUCCCAGCUGAUAUGCAAUUUGCUGAGGUUCCUCUUGCGGCUGUUAAAUCAGUUUACCAACUCAAGGGGAUUGGUUAUUUAAUCUAUUUGGAGUUGAGGAAAAGAUUGCAACAUGUGGGUGUUCGAACAGUACUUUGCUGGGGAGAUAAGGAGUCUGAAGGAUUUUGGCUUAAGCAGGGAUUUUCAGUUAUUGGUCAAGUUGACACGAAAGGCAGAGCUCGCAAGCUUCCUAUCAAGGCUGAUAUUCGGAAAGCAUUGUGCUUUCCUGGUGGUUCAAAUCUCAUGAUUUCUCAUUUCAAUAAGGAUAACUUACAGAGUUCUGCAGUGUAUCUAAAUCUGAAAUUCCCCUUAAAGCCUUUAAGAGAGGAUUGCCAAUCUCCAAUUCUCCAAGAACAAAGGGAUACUCCGUCUGAGGGAAAUAACCAUUCCCUAGGAAGAAGUCAGGCAACUAAAACCAUGGGUUCUAACUACUAUGAUUUUCAACCUGGAGAUGGUGCUAUCGGGAGCAGCAAACAUGGACAUAUAGGAUUUAAUGAAAUGGAAAGCCAAACUCUUCUGAAUAAAUGUUCCUGUUCAGCGUCAGGAUCAAAAAAGAGGACUUGGGAAACCUCACAUACUUCUGUUAAAUCCAAAAAAAUAAAGGGAGGCCAUCAAACUGACUGUGACUUGCAUUCUAAGGACAUUAGCUUAGAAAGUGUUUCGGGGAACAGUUUUUCUGCUAUCUCUAAGAGCAAAUGUCAGGUAGGUAUUACUCCCAAGGAUCAUUUGACAAGCCACUUUCUGGAAAAGAAUGCUGUAGAAGCUACAGCAGUUAAUUUGACAUAUGAAGGGCAUAGUAGUCAAGGUAUUUCCUCAAGAGGGACAAACUUCAGAAUUAUGCUGAUGAACAUUGCUGAUGAUAGUAAAAAGGCAAAUUUGACCAAGAUAAUUGGAGACCUUGGUGGAGAUGUUACUGCUGAUGGAAGUUUAAGCACACACGUAGUCACUGGCAAAGUGAGGAAAACUUUGAAUUUCUGCUCUGCUCUCUGCUCAGGAGCUUGGAUACUGUCACCAAAUUGGUUGAAAGAAAGUUUCCGAAAUGGCAAAUUUUUAGAUGAAAUGCCUUUUAUUUUGAGGGAUGAAGACUAUGAACUUAAGUACAGAAGUGAGCUAAAAGGGGCAGUUCUUAGAGCAAAAGCAUACCCCCAAGCUCUUCUCAAGGGUUAUGACGUAUGUCUUGCAGCUCAUGUUCAUCCUCCAGUUGGUACCUUAUCAGCCAUUGUAAAAUCUGCAGGAGGCAAUGUUAUAUGUGGACUCAAUCAAGUGAAAGAUGAAUCUAAAACAAUAUUCGUUGCUUGUGAAGAAGACGUGGAUGAAGCAUUGUCAGCAGUGAAGAAGGGAAUAUGGACUUUCAGCAGUGACUGGUUUAUGAACUGCAUCAUGAAACAAGAGCUUGACUUAGGAGCUCCUCAAUUUGCAGAGUGCCUCUAAUGCAUAGA